AUGGCGGGAGUCGAGUUGCGUAUCAACACUGGCACCUCCCUGGUGACUCUGGGCACACUUGUCGGAGGUGUUCCCUCAGCAACCAUCUCUAAAAUCCCAUCCAGUGAGCUUCUCACCGUGUCCCAGAAUCCAACGUUCAUCACCAACAUUCUGACAGCCCCAGUGAUCCUUCAAGAAACAUACGUACAGAAGAUUGUCUCUGUAGACCAGACUAAAGUGGUGGAGAAUGUCCCAAAUGCACUGGCAGGGUAUAUCCCAACUGUGCUGCUGUCAUCUCCCACCUCUGUUAAUGUUACACUCAUCAACAUGAAGAGCUGGAGACAAGAACAGGCUGUGGUGUUGUUCAGCUCAGUGGCCAGCGCCAGUGACAAUGCAGAAGAGCUGUCAGAUUCAAUACUACAGGGAUUCACCUGCACCUCAGUUCAGAAUCUACCAGAGUCAAAAGUCACACAGCUGGUGAAAGCCUGUAGACCACGUGAUGGCAGGAACAAGGUCGUCCUGAAAGAGUCUCAGCUGACCUGCAUGUACAACAACGUGAAAGAUGUUUCAAAUCUGACCUUCACUGACUUUCCUGCUGACAUGCUUCUCUACUACAACCUUGGGACACUGACGAAGGUGAACUGCGAGUCGUAUUUCAGAGCUCUGGGUGGAGCAGAUUUCUCGGUUCUCUCCAGCGUCCUCAACAGACAGUCUCUCUUGUUCACGUAUGCAAAGGACUGCCUGGGUAUAUCUGGUGUGAGGACUCAACAGGACUCAGGUGGAGGACUGAACAGGACUCAGGUGGAGAUUCUGGGUAAUAUGUCCUGCACACUGGACCCCACCUACAUCCAGAACUCUGACCCACUCAUCCUGGAGAAACUGAAGAACUGUAGAGAUCUUUCUGACACUCAGGUCACCGCCAUACAGACACUGCUCUUCUCCGGCAAUACUUCUUAUGGUAAUUCCUCAACAUGGAAUCAGCAGACUCUGGUCCAGCUGGGCAUCCUGCCCCUCUACUUCAAUCAAGACUUCUGGGGCAUAUUUAGCUCUGUACCAUGCACAACAGGCAACAUCACAGAAGCAACAAGUACAGAUCCCUCAUUCCCUCUCGGCUAUGACUCCACCCAGUUUGAUGCAUGUUUGGACAACGGAUUCCUGAAAGAGAACAUAGCAGCCAUCACUGAAAAAGUGAUAGAAACCAGCUUCCUGACAGUCGUUCUUAACAAAUUAAACCAGUUGUUCCCAUCGGGCCUUCCAAACAGUGUGGUGCAGAUUCUGAACGCCGUGUCUCGUGUGGCCACUGUUAGUGACAUCAACAAGUGGAACAUCACCACAAUUGAUGUACUGUCCUCUCUGAUGAAUUCAAUUAACGGAGACUGGACCUCAGACCAGAGUAAAGCAGUGAUUAUGAAGUAUCUGAGCGUGGCUGGUAACACUCUGGGGACUGCUGAGAUAAAUGCAAUCGGCUCCAACCUCUGUUCCUUGGAUCCCAGUGUCCUUAAAACCAUCACUGCUGACAGCCUGAAGUCAGCGAACGCUGUGAAUGCAUCCUCAUGUUCCAUCGAUCAGCAAUCAGCUCUUUACAGCAUCGCAAAGUCCUCAUUCAGCACCCAACGCAGCGACCCCAGAGUAUACUACCAACUCAUCAGCUCUUACCUGGGUGGAGCUCCUGUAGAGGAUAUAAUUGCUCUUUCUGCUCUCAACAUCAGCAUGGACAUCACCACCUUCUUGAAUCUGAACCCAGAUGUGAUCAAGGCCCUGAAUGUGAACACAGUGAUCAACCUGAUGGGACGGAACAAGGCCGACCUGAAGCUGUUUGAGAACACCACAACGGUCAGGAUGUGGGCGGCUCAGCAGUACAGUUCUGAUUUGGCGUUACUCGGACUUUCAGGAGGCAAAGCGGACCCCGUCAGCUCUACGGCUGCACCGGCCACUACAGUCACAACACUACUAACUAACACCACCAUCACACAGACCAACCAGACCGUCAACGCCACGACGGGUUCCGGUGUUGUACAUCGUGGUUCAGGACUGUGGCUCGUCUCUCUGUGUGUAGGACUUCUGACCAUCACACUGCACACACUAUGA